AUGUCUUCUCAAAGAGUUCCUAUCACCUCGUCUUCCCUUCAAAGCUUGAAUAACCAAUCCCUGUUGCGCGGUAACAACGCUUGCAUCACAAGCACAUCUUCCCAUUUCCGUAAUGGGAGAUCCCAAUCCCCUGUACCAAACAGAGGUGGUUCGGACGGGGGUUUAUCCCAACAGGGUACCAGGUCACCCACCCCCUCCCGCGAGGAUGUCAAUCGUACCCAAGAGCCCAGGGCCGCGGAAAUCUUAUCUCGACCUUUGUCUACUGGCGAGUUGGCCUUUUUUGACACCAUGGCCACCAAUGCCCGCUUGGAUACCGCUCAUCGCGGCUACGCCCAAUUUCACGCAGAGGUUUACGGUAACAUGAGGCAACACAUUGCUCUGUCCGUUGGUCUAGCAAGCUGCGUGUUCAAUGUAUCCAAUCUGUCCACCAGAAUUGAUCGUCUUUCUGGAAAGCUUGACACGCUCAUUGGCCUGGUGGAAACUCAAAACCAAACCUUGUCUCAAAACCGAUUAAAUGUGCCAAGUGGUACUGCUUCCGUGCCUUGGACUUGCUCACCCGAACUUCAUGUGGGGUUGAUUAUCUUAUUUUGCUUCCCAUCACCAAAUAUCUAUCAUCUGACCAUUUCUACUCUAUCGCAGGAAAUGAUCAAUGAGUUAGCCACAAAGCUCAUUCGUUUACCCAAUCUCGAGUCUUACACAGCAUUGGAGAUGAACAACAUAGUGAUCGCUCGCUCCCUAUUCAACACAAUCAAAACCAGGAUCAAUCAACAAAACACGAGCUGGUUAGAUCAACAUCUCCCAGCGCGUGUUCAAGGUGUUCAUGACACUGUUGGCACCAGAGCUUAUGCCACCUGCAUUAAAAACGCAUGCAAACAUUCUCGCGAACAAUUGCAUUACUUGCUGUUGACUGGUAUUCAUGAUCCGAAGACUGGGGAAGUACUGGACACCCCUGUUCCUACCAUUAAGACUCUUUGGCAUCGAAUUCCCCAACCCGUGCACGGAUCGCGUAUCUGGGGAUCGAGCUCUAUAUGGGCCUGCGCCGACAAACACCUCAACAGCUUGCGCGCCAAGGGAAAUGACUUCACUGUCAUGUUUUACAAAAUUGUGUACAACCAAGAUUUAGAAGUUUUCAAUGGCAGGAACUUUUUCAGUGAUCUCAGAGAAAAUUGCGAAUUCAAGUUGCCAUCCGAUGAGGUGGUUCAAACUGCCAUUGAUGAAGAAUAA